UUCAUAAGGAAACUCAUAAGGGACCUAGCCAAAUCUCUUUCUCUCUCUCUCUCUCUCUCUUGCUAGAUAGAUUAAUUUUUAUUUUUCUUCUUCUGGACAGAAAACUCGACUAUACUCAAAUGUUGAAGCUUCGAAGCUAUUUGUGUUUCCUUGUCGUUUGAUUGGAGAAUUGCUAGGCUCCUGUUGUCGUUUGUCACUUUUAAACAAAUAUAUUAAUUCUUUGUUCAUACAGUUAAGAGUUGAGUUGAGGACUUGGACUGCAAGUUUGCAGCUAUGGGAGCUAGCUCGUUGCAGCUCUUUCUGGCUUUCUUUUGUGUACUAAUUCACUUGAUUUCUUCAUUUACCGAUCCCAACGAUGUUGCGGUUCUCCAAUCACUGAAGGUAGCUUGGAAAAAUUUACCUCGUAGCUGGUCAGAAUCUCAAGAUCCCUGUGGAAUAAAAUGGGAUGGGGUGAGCUGUGAAGAUUCAAGAGUAACUGGAUUGAUGUUGUCAUCCAUGGGACUCAAAGGGAGAUUUGAAGCUGAUAUUGGGAGCCUUACUGAAUUAAGAACCUUGGACUUAUCCUCUAACCCAGAGCUUACAGGUCCUCUCUCUCCCCGGUUAGGCGAUUUGAAAAGCUUGAAUAUUCUAAUCCUACAAGGCUGCGGCUUCAAUGGUCAAAUUCCAGAUGAAUUAGGAAACCUUAAGGAGCUAUCCUUCUUAGCUCUAAAUUCAAAUAAAUUCGUUGGUAACAUACCUGCCUCUUUGGGUAAGCUUACAAACGUUCAUUGGUUGGACUUGGCAGACAAUGAGUUGACUGGAACUCUCCCUGUUUCAACAUCUACUAGGCCAGGAUUGGACCAACUUCUUAAAGCUCAACACUUCCAUUUUAACAAGAACAAGCUUUCCGGUACCAUUCCAGAAGGACUUUUUAGCUCUAAGAUGGUACUGAUACACGUAUUGUUUGAUGGAAACCAAUUUACUGGACCUAUACCCUCAACAAUAGGACAGGUUACCACGCUUGAGGUUCUCCGGCUUGAUAGAAAUGAUCUAUCAGGGGAAGUGCCAUCAAAUAUAUCCAACCUUAUAAAUAUCAAUGAAUUGCAUUUGGCGUUUAACAAAUUGAACGGCUCUUUUCCAGACUUAACCAAAAUGGUUAAACUAAACUAUUUGGACCUGAGUAACAACACAUUUGAUGCAACAGAAUCCCCAGGUUGGUUCUCAUCAUUAUCAGCCAUCACAACUAUCAUCAUUGAAAACGGACCGCUACAAGGGCAAAUUCCAGAGGAGCUUUUCAGCUCUCCACAGUUGCAGCAAGUGAAACUGAAAAAUAAUAGAUUCAAUGGCACAUUGAACAUGGGCUACAGCAUCAGCGCACAAGUGAAUCUUGUUGACUUGGAAAACAAUGAUAUUCAAUUAGUGACAGUUGGAUUAUACAAUCAAACAUUAUUACUCCAAGGGAAUCCAGUGUGUCAGACUUCUAGUAGUGCAGAUUACUGCAAGUUUCAGCAGCAAACAACAGAGAGCUAUUCUACAAGCUUAGUUACUUGUGGAACUAAAUCCUGCCCUAUGAAUAAAGAUCUCAAUCCUCAGAGUUGUCAAUGUCAAUAUCCUUAUGAAGGAAAAUUAGUUUUUAGAGGACCUUCCUUCAGGCAAUUGUCUGAUGACAAUAAGUUCCAUGACCUAGAGAGGAGCCUUUGGACAAAACUUGGCCUUAAUCCUGGUGCAGUGUCCCUUCGAAACCCCUUUUUCGAUGUUGAUGAUUAUCUUCAGAUUCGGCUGGGACUCUUUCCAUCUACAGGGGAGCGUUUUAAUAUAUCUGAGAUUCAGAGAUUUGGGUUUCAAUUGAGUAACCAAACUUACAAGCCACCAGAAGAAUUUGGACCAUAUUUUUUCAUUGCUGAUCCUUAUCCCUUUGAAGAAGAUAAAGGAAAUUCAAUAAGCACCGGAGCAAUUGCUGGGAUAGCAUCUGCCUGUGCAGUUUUGGUUCUAGGCCUUGUAGCCCUAGGAGUAUAUGCUGUUCAACAGAAAAAACGCGCCAAAAAGGCCAUUGGAUUAAGUAGACCUUUUGCUUCUUGGGCACCAAGUGGGCAAGAUAGUGGAGGUGCACCACAACUCAAGGGAGCGCGAUGGUUUUCGUAUGAUGAACUUAAGAAGUGCACCAGUAAUUUUACCUCAAGUAAUGAGCUUGGAUCUGGCGGCUAUGGCAAGGUUUACAGGGGACAGCUUCCUGAUGGACAAGUAGUGGCUAUCAAACGAGCACAGCAGGGAUCAAUGCAGGGUGGACUUGAAUUCAAGACUGAAAUUGAGCUGCUCUCUCGAGUUCAUCACAAAAAUCUUGUCGGUCUUCUUGGCUUCUGUUUUGAGCAAGGAGAGCAAAUGUUGGUCUAUGAGUAUAUGCCAAAUGGAACGUUAAGGGAAAGCUUGUCAGGUAAAUCUGGUAUUCAUCUCGAUUGGAAGAGGAGACUUCGCAUAGCUCUUGGCUCAGCAAGAGGACUUGCUUACCUACAUGAGCUAGCAAAUCCUCCAAUAAUUCACAGGGAUGUCAAAACAACCAAUAUUCUACUCGAUGAAACUUUAGGAGCAAAGGUUGCAGAUUUUGGCUUGUCUAAGCUGGUCUCAGACACUGGAAAAGGACAUGUUUCAACUCAAGUCAAAGGCACUCUGGGAUAUCUUGAUCCGGAGUACUACAUGACUCAACAAUUAACGGAGAAGAGUGAUGUGUAUAGUUUUGGUGUUGUUAUGCUCGAGCUUAUAACUUCAAAGCAACCAAUCGAGAAGGGAAAGUAUAUUGUUCGCGAAGUACGAAUGUCAUUGAAUAGAAACGAUGUGGAGAGUUACGGCAUGAAGGAAAUGAUUGAUCCAUCCAUUAGAAACACUCCAAUUCUUAUUGGCUUUGGCAAAUUCUUGGAUUUGGCCAUGCAAUGCGUUGAAGAGACAGCUGCUGAUCGUCCGUCAAUGAGUGAAGUUGUUAAGGCUAUUGAAACCAUUUUACAGAAUGAUGGUAUCAAUACCAACUCAACAUCAACGUCUUCUUCCGCCACUGAUUUUGUUGGAAACGCCAAAGGCCCUCUUAGACAUCCUUAUAGUAAUGAUGCUUUGCCUAAAAAGGAUGUUAGUGAUAGUGACCACUUUGAUUAUAGUGGUGGAUACGUACUCUCAACAAAGAUUGAACCCAAGUAGCACGACAUUCUGCUUGGGUUUCUCUUCUCUUUUUUCUCAUUUGAUUUUUUAUUUUUAUUUUUUGGCUGGAAAAAGUUUACUGUACCGUACGGUAUUGUAAUGUUUGAUAUAUAUACAUGUAGCAAAAGAAAAAAGUUGACACAGAGAAGUUUAUAAUCA